AUGGAGGACCUGAUGCUCUUUGCCGAUUUGUUUCACUUCUACUCUGAAAUUUUGGUUAAAAAAGUCCUAAACCCUCUUAGUAGUCUUCCGGCCAACUUGAGACUAAUUUUUCUUCUAUUAUCCUCCAUUGGUUAUUUUACUUUCGAUAUGCCUUUGCUGUAUCUCAAUGGUGAAAAAUUUAACCAACCAAUAUUUCAUUGCAAUAAUAUUUCUGGACUUGUUGAACCCGUAGUCCCAGCUGAUCAACAUAGAGCUCUUUACUCCACACACUCAUUUAAGAUCAUAUUCAAAGAGGGAGGCUGUGGAACAUUCAUUCCUCUUUUCUUUAAUUUGAUUGCUAUAGUGAGACAGUAUAAUCAACGUGUUAGUGCGCCUACAGAAUCUCGUGUCGAUCCUCUGCCAGUAUCUCAGGCUCCUAUCGAUGAGAUGAUGAGACAUGCGUAUGUUGAUCCUAACGAUCCAACAAGAAUAUUUCUGCAGCAACCAAAUACCGAUUCUCAACUUAGGCGUCGAAUAUAUCAGCCACAAACUGACAGAGGUCAUGUUUGGGCAGGAAAUUGCACUAUCCUCACAUUAAUGCAGUAUAUGUUUAUAUGGAGUAUGGAUAUUGUGUAUUUUAAUAUGAAAAUAAAUAAAAUCAUAAGGAACUAUUUUUCAUGUAUGAUCAGAAACUAAUAUCUUAUGAGUUGUAUUUUAUUUGUUAAAAAAGAAACUGUGCAUAUCUUUUUAUAAUGUGAUACUAUCUUCUAUGAAA